UCCGCGCCCUCGGACGCGCCGGGAUCCGGAAGCGCGCGGGCGGUUCCGGCAGUUCCGGGAGUUGCGGGGCUCGCGCGGCGGCUCCGGUGUGCGCCUCCCGCCGCAUCUCCUCCCCUUCAAUGGCGCACAUCACCAUUAAUCAGUACUUGCAGCAAGUACAAGAAGCCAUUGAGACCAGAGAUGGUACAUUUUGUGCAGAAUUGGUAUCAUUUAAACAUCCACAUGUUGCAAACCCAAGGCUACAGCUUCCAUCUCCAGAGGAGAAGUGCCAACAAGUUUUGGAAUCGCCAUAUGAUGAAAUGUUUGCAGCCCACUUAAGGUGUACUUAUGCAGUUGCAAACCAUGACUUUGUAGAAGCAUACAAAUGCCAAACAGUUAUUGUCCAAUCUUUCCUGCGAGCAUUUCAGGCACAUAAAGAAGAAAAUUGGGCCUUACCUAUUAUGUAUUCUGUAGCCCUUGAUCUUCGAAUUUUUGCUAAUAAUGCAGAUCAACAGCUUGUGAAGAAAGGGAAAAGCAAAGUGGGUGACAUGUUGGAAAAAGCAGCAGAGCUGCUGAUGGGCUGCUUUCGAGUCUGUGCCAGUGACACUCGAGCAGGCAUCGAAGACUCAAAAAAGUGGGGCAUGUUGUUUCUUGUGAAUCAGCUGUUUAAAAUUUAUUUUAAGAUCAACAAGCUCCAUCUCUGUAAGCCCUUAAUUAGAGCAAUUGACAGCUCAAAUCUGAAGGAGGAGUAUAGUAUGGCACAGAGAGUUACGUACAAAUACUAUGUUGGACGCAAGGCCAUGUUUGACAGCGACUUUAAGCAAGCUGAAGAGUAUCUGUCAUUUGCCUUUGAGCACUGUCACCGAUCAAGCCAGAAGAACAAAAGAAUGAUUUUGAUUUACCUGCUGCCAGUAAAAAUGUUGUUGCAGAGUGCCUCUCUGCUGAUCAGCUGCACACAAAAGCCAGGGAAGGUGUGGAUUCACUGGAAGCAGAAUUUGUCUGCCUCUUUCACCUGGUGGAAGAAAGAAGGGUGUGCAAGCAGAUGGCUGAGGACUGUUGAGAGGGGUUUGCUGCAGCUACAGCCUGCCUUUGGCUUUUUUAUUUGUACCUCGUACAUUUUCCCAUUCAAGGCAUGUCAGAAGGGUCAUGAAGCAGAGCAUUUUGGUUCUGAAAAAUCAGUGAAGACUUGUUACUAUUUGAUCACUUCAUGUUUCUAUUGAAAGAACUAAUCACGUGUGUUUCUUGUUCCUGUUCUUUCCCAUGUGCUGUGCUAACAUUUGUGUAUCCCUGAAUUAGUGGAUUAUGCUGAGUAUUAAUUCAUUGUGACUGAGGGGAUAGGAACUAGAUUUUAGUGUUUCCUGUUCUGGCCCUGUUCCCGAAGUUACCCCUGUUGAAUGUUAUCACCUGCCUCUGUUGAGUUGCCACUUUCCACCUUCCCCCUGACCUGUUUAUGACCUCCCUGCUUUUUCCUUUCAGUGCUUCCUUCUUAUCCCUUGCUGUGUCAAGUGGGUAAAGGGGAAGUAUAGUGGGUAUGAUAAUUGGCUUCUGUUUUCCUUGUUUUAAUUGUCGACUUUCUUAGCAGCUGUUUUCAGAUCAGUCGUUGGUAGGGUUGGUAAAGGGAAACUUAUUAACAGUCUUCCUAAAAGCUUUGUCCCAGUCCUGACUAGGUGCCUUAAGCUGGUUGUUCUGUUAGUGCCUAGAAUUACUGUGGCUUUUCUGAAGCAGUUUUAGUGUACAAGAGACAUUAAAGAAGCUAGAUAAAAGGUCAUUGUAUUUACAGUUACUUUUUUGAAACAGAGCCCAAAUAUUAACACUAACUUCAAACUACUAAAAUAGCUUGUGUGUUGGUUUUUUUGUUCCUAACAGCUCUCAGUAAACCUGCAGCUCAGUUCUGCUCUCAGCUAAUCCUUCAUCCAGGAAAGGAGUUAGCAGCAGCAUAGCAUGAUGUAACUGAAUUUAAAGUCUGACCAAGUCAGCGUGCAUUCUGAUCUUUGCUGUGCAGGGGAUAAAAGGCAAAGUUUCUUUUUGAUUCUGUAGGUGGUUCAGUCUUACCUGAUGUAACAAUAAGAAUUAAUUUUGUUUCCUUAAAUUUAACCUUUCUCUCCCCCUUUUUUUCUUUUUUUUUGGUGGGGGGAGAGGGCAUGGUGGUGGUGUUUGUUUUCUGAGAGGACAUUUUUAUUUCUGCAUGGAGGCAUAGAGAAGAAAAAAUUGGUUACAGACUGAUAUAACACUUGACAAGGCUGAAGAAGUGCUCAUAUUCCUUUGGAAAUGCUUGGGAGUCCUGCAGUUCUUCUGUUUGUAGAUUAGAUGAUACAACUAUGACAUAAAAUUUGAAUCUGCCAAGGCCUCAUGUACAAGAUCUUGAUUCUACAAGUUUGAUAGAUGUUCCCUAACAAUAAGUGUUGCUUGUCCCUAAAUCAUGAUAAAUCAGUAGUUACUGUGAGUUGUGCUAUAAGGUGUUUGAGAGGGACAAGGGGGUUGUCUUGCAAAUACUUUUAUUCACUUCUUAUUCUGUAGCAAAAAAAAUAAUGGUUAAACGUUCUUCUUUUUCUCUUAACAAUUUUUUUUAUAGCUUACUAGAUUCUGUUUAAAAUGCAUUUAACUUUACCCUGGAAAACUUGGACACCAUU